AUGGUUCUAACUAUAAAAAAUUUAAGCAAAAGUAAAUGGAGUUCACUCUCCAAAAAAAAGAUAGAAGAAAAAUCUUGCUACUCCCCCAGAACAGAAAAAUUAAUUGAUAUAAUUUCCCCCAUUCUGGACUAUUAUGGGUAUAAUAAGGAGGAUGUGUACAACUUUAUCAGUUUGUACAAAUUUGAUAUAGAGAAAAUUCAGCUGGAAUUAUGUAACAUUAUGGAAUCCAGGGAAGAAAACGACGAAGGGCUAUGGGAAACUGUCAAAAGUAAAAAAAAUAAGAAACCAGCCGAAAAAAAUAGCAAAAAAAAUAAUUUAUUGCAGGGCAACUUGGGGAGAAAAGACAGUAAACAAAUUGGCAAAAUAUUUCCCAAAGGGUUAAGAUUAAAGGAAAAGGAUCCUCGCAAAAAUAAAACCACCAUCACAGGUUCCGCCUUUGCAGUUGGCCAAUAUAGUAACAAACCCUUCACUUCGAGUAACCAUAAAGUAACGCACUUUGUAAGCAAUCGUGCAAAAUAUGAGAACUCGUCAACAUUACACGAAAUUAAUAAAAAGAUUCCUGAGGAGCGGGGCUCGAAGGAAAAGCAGGACAUGGACAAAAGUGCAAGAAAACUUGUCAACAUAAAAUCGUUAUCAGCAGUAGCAGCGUCGGCUGCGGCAUCUGCGACAGCAACCACUGCUGCAACCGCUGCGGCCACUGCGGCAGGCAGAGGAGCAGAUGAAGGAGCAAAUCGCGAUGCGGCGAAAAACUCCAAGGGGGGUAGCAAAAAGAAGGGAAUGUUAAAAUCGGAAGAAGAAAAAAAAAAAGGCAUGAAUGAAAGUUACGAUGAGGAUUUCAUGAAUAUUAAUUCCCUAGAAGAAAGGGACACAAAUAAGAAAAAAAAAAAUGCAAUUAAAGAACCAGACGGGGUGAUGAAUGAAGAACAUUUUGCAAAAGGUAGAGAAGAUAACUCCAACAAAAAGGGUAACAAAAGCGGCUACAAUAACGUUGGUAGUAGCAGCGUUGGUAACCACAAUAUUAAUAGUCAUUACAACCAGUUUGAUAAAAAAAAAUACGUCAAGUUGGAAGACGGCAAAGCACCACCCGCAGCAGCGUACACGGCUACGGGCGGAGGAUAUAAAUCCAGCGAUGAACACAGUAUUAAAAAGGAUUCUAAGGGGAAAGGAGCAACCCUCCCCAUUACACACACAGGCACCACCACUACGAACAGUGGAAGUGGUAAUCAACACCCCGCCAAUGUGGGCACGAAUGGUCUCGGAACAACCACGAUGGCCACCAGUGCCAGCAGGUAUAGUAACUUUAACUAUCAUGAUAAAUAUUUUAAUAAAAAUUACAACAGAUAUAGUGGAAAGCCGCUAAAUGAUUCACUAAUCCAAAGAAACGACAAGCAGAGGUUUCCUCCAUUUAGUAAUAAAUCCACAGGUGUGUAUAGCAGUGCGGGAAAUCAUAACUAUUUUAACUCAUAUACAAAAGGGGGACAGAAACAACCACCCUAUUUGAGCAAAAAUAGUUUGAGAUCGAAGAGAAACACUAGUAAGAAUAACAGUAUAGAUCACGAUUACGAGUACGAUCCUUACAGCGGGGAAAAGCUAGCCCACGAUACGGGGAGCAAUAACGACCACUCGAGUAGUAUACACAACGAAAACGACCACAAUGUUAAGAAGAAAGUGACAACUGAAACUGCUAAAAAGACGGGCAAUGAUAAGGCUACGAAGAAGCGAAAAAAACGGAAGUGAAUGAUAGUACUUUUGUGGAGGAAGAAAAACAAAUGUCAAUUAAUCCCAAUUAAGAAUAAUCAACCAGAAAAACUGUGGGUAUCAGUUAUCACUAAAGGUACUGUUACCACGAGUAAUAACAAUGCGAAUGCUCAGAAUGUCGGUGAAAAGGUGGAUCCUUCCGGCACGAAGAAAAACACCCUCAGCAGUUCCAAAGAAUUGAAGCCAGAAUCGGCCUCGCAGCAGGUCAUCAAGAAGGCAGCCGAUCAGAGUGGCAAGCCUGAAAAGCAAAAGAAAAAGGGAAAGGGAAAAGAGAAGGAUAAAGAAAAGGAAAUGGAAAGCAUUUCCAAUAAUGUGUAUCCAGCUAAUAGCAGUGCAAAGGAUACCAACCUAAGUAUAAGCAAUAACGCAGACUACAAAAGUAGCGACCAUUUGAGCAAAGUUCGCUCCAAAGGUGAAGACCAUCCUCAUGGUGAAGAACCGCGCCAUAGCAAAGGAGCCCAGUUAAGUUACGGCAAGGAUGGAAAAGAUGAAUCCAUGCCUAGCAUCAGAAGUAACAACAAAUCGUCGUUUGUCGAGGUGGACGCGAACAAAGCACAUUCAUUUGUAGAUCAACAUACCAAACUGGAGAAGGAAAAAUACGCAAGCGAAAGCAACACCGUAAGCAAGAAAGAAGCCAGUAGUGCCAAAAAAAUCAGCGAAACAAAGCUAGACACGGAUGAUAAGAAAAAGAAAAAGAAGAAAAGGAAUGAUCAGGAUGUGGUCUCCGCCCCCAUUAAUGACAGUAACAUUUCCACAAGGGUGAAAACCCCUUCAGGUUCCCCAGUGCACGAGAUGAAAAGAGGUAAGGGUAGCAAACUGAGCAGCAACAAUAAUAGCAGCCUGAACUUAACAUACAGUGCGGAGAAACUGGUGUCAGACGAUUUGACCCAAUCGGAGGGCUACGACGGAAAGGAAAGAACAAGCAUUCCGAUUUACAUGCCGAACUUGGCACUCAUGGGGAACAACACUAUGAACAACAAAAUUUUCUUCGGAAGUAUAAAUAUUACUGGCAAUCAAAUCGAAAACAUUGACGUGAUGCCAGAUAGCAAACCGGAGCACAUCAGGAAUAACAGCGGCGGUAACGGCGGUAGCGGUCACAGCGGGCAUGGCGGUGCGUACGGCGACCCGAGCGGUCGUUUGGGCACCCACGGCGGUGGCUUCCACAACCAAGGCAGCACCAGCUACAGCCACGGCGUAAGUAGCUACAACACGCAUGGAAGCAACUACAACAGCGGAGGAAAUAAUAACACUACUAAUAACAAUAGUAGCAACAAAAUGAUGCACACAGAAAACAGGAAAAAAAAUAACCUCAGGAAGAAUUAUGGCAUGGAUUCUGCUUCCAUGGGUAUGAAUAACGACCACGUAGGUAGCGGUCAUCACAACCACAACCGAUCCUCUACCAUGCAUCACAAGGAAAACGACAAUAGAGACUACGACCACAACAAUAAUGACUUUAGAGGAUCAAAGGAGAGAGAAUUUAAACACUUCGAUUUUAAAAGCAGAAAUCACAAAAGAGAAGAUAACAACGAUAUGCUUAAUGAGAAUAAACACAAGUCAAUAUUUUCAUCUUCCAACAAUAAGCAUUCCCCCCAUAUGCAUACUAAAUCGCAGAAUUUGUACUUACCCAAAAUGACAACGACAACGUCUUCGUCCUCCUCUGCCGUGGCUGCAGCGACAGCAGCGGUGUCAUCUUCAUCGUCAAACAACCAUCACCACCAUAUACAUAACAAUAGUGGUAAUGUCAAUGUGAAUAGUGGAAAUCAUAAUGCGAAACACCUGUUGAACAGCUCCUCAUCAGUUUUCAUGAACCAAUCCCCGAGAACGAAUGGAUCGCAGGAUAACUCCUCCUCCGCCUUGAUGACUGGAAAGGGUAGCAAGUAUGUGCAGAGCGCACUGAAGAGCAAGAACUACGACCAUGACGGGGAUGACUCCGGUUCGAUACAGCUGAAUCAAAUUUCGCAGAAGUUUUUGCACGGCGGCGUUGGGGCGGCGGGCGCAAACAGCAACGGUAAUACCAGCGGCAACAGCAACGGCAACACCGGCGGCAAUGCCAGUGCAAACGGAGUAAACAGCGUAAACGGCGGAAACAACAACAACGUGGCCAGCUCCAGCACCAGCACCAGCGCAAACAUCGGGGCAAGCAACACAGGCGCCACCAGCACUAGCAUGUCGAACAAAAACACCAACACAGACGUGAGCAACAUCAGUUUAAUGAACAUGGGAAUGAACAACCUGAGCAACAAUAACAUGUACAAUUCGUAUAACUCCCCCCCAGGGUUAGCCAACCAGUUUAAUUACUCAUUCACCAACCUCUCCUACCCAUACAAUAAUAUGCACUACAAUGGCUACUCAACACAGACGUUGGUACCGCAGUAUGGACUUAUCAACAACCACUACACAAAAAACAACAGCAUGCACAACAAUAACUUUAACUACAAUAUGAAUUACGAUAAUUUUGAUGAGAGCAAUUUGUAUGGACACAACAAUAAUAUGCAUAUGAAUAACUACGUCAAUUACAUGAACGUAAAUGUAAAGAAAAAUCAACUAAAUAAUUUGGACGACGAUAAUUUGAGUAAUUCUGGCGAGGUGUCCAUAUCAGGGUCGCUGCAGCAACCGCAGAACCUACCGCAUGAAAAUCAAAGUAAUUCGAAUCAAAACUCGCCCAGCGUGAAUAAUAACAGUAACAACAAUGGCAACGGAAAUGGAAACGGGAACUCCAACAGCAACAACAACAACAAUAGCAACAGCAACGGUAGCAGUAACGCCUGCCUAGACGGAACGACCAACAAUGGAAUUAACAACCUAUCCCUGAACAAUAUUAACGUGAAUAGUAGUGUUAACCCUAACCUAACCAUGUCGUGCACAACGAGUGCCACGAGCGAGUUAAAGAAUAAACAACAGAUAAGUAAAAACAUGAGCGACAUGCAACUGCAGCAACAGUCCAUCUCAUCCCUGAAACAGAAUCAGACCCAGCAAAGUAAAAGUGGCACCAGUUUGAACACCACCCAGCAGCAACACACGUCCAAUCAACAUAGCCAGGGUAAACACGCAGGACAACAGCACCAGCAAAAUUUGCUAAACAGUAAUAAUAACAGCUCCAUAAACCAGUACACACAAAACCAGAUCAACACAAAUAAUUCUCAAAACACUGCCUCUUCUACUUCUUCCUCCCUCACGAGAAAAGUAGAAACCAACAAUCUCAACAGUGGAACCCAAAACAACCAAAAUAAUCAAAAUAAUCAAAAUCACUUCUUAAACAAACAGCUGUACCAUAAUAGCAACUACUAUAAUGUUAACUCAAACAAUAAUUAUAACAUCCCUCCCGGUUUUAACAUGACCCAGGAGAAGGAACAGAACAACAACUACCUGAGUAAUAACGUGUCGUCCACCAAUGCCAACACGAGUGUGGCGGCCUACCGAAACAACUGGAACAAUAUUAACGAGAAAAAUUUAAACCACUACAGUUUGAACUACAAUUAUAAUAGGAGCACCAAGAACAACUUUAACUACACCAGCAACUUGAACUACAGCAGCAGCAACGGAUACAACGGGACGCGAGACAACACGAACAACUUCUUCAACUACAACAGCUUCAACUACGGUCUGCAGACCCCACCCGGCCUGCAGAAUUACUACCAAAAUACACAGUACCAGCAGCAGAACAGCUACUCCAACCGCAACUACAAUUACACAGGGUACAACAACAACCUGUCCAUGUGGAGUAAGUCGCGCGAAAUAGAGAAGAAUGAUAACCCACGGCCCGAGGAUUGA